AUGUCUACUGGCUCAACAACAUCUUCACGACGAGCUUCUCUGAGGAGGUUGAGUUCUCCGGAUGCUCUUUUCCUUGCACCGCCUCACUCUCACGACCCUACGGAUGUAUCUGACGUGGCGGCCCUGCCCACCUCAAUGCUCCUACAAUUACCCGAGGCGGUGCAGGAGAGUCUGUGGACCCUGCAGGAGUCGACCUCGAUCGUCUACGCUUCCUACCUCCGACUCCAGGAGCUGGUUGAAGAGCGUUUCGAACGUCUUGUCGAGUUGCCGUUUGGACAGGAAACAGGCAUUGUCAACUAUUCAGAAGGGGCAUUUUUCAACUACGUCAACCACGUUGCUGCCGAACGUCGCUACCUGCUCGAGGAUGCUCACACGGACUGGAGGCACAAGGCAUCGCGGGCGGGGUUGCAGCAAUACGGAGAUCUGUCACUGGUGUUCCGGGGCAAGGAGAUGACAGUCAGCCAGUGGUUCACUCGACUACAAGCGGCGGAGGCCUUCUGGAUCCAAGCAGCCAAGGAGACGGAGCUGCCCGACUUUGAGUCCACCGUCUUAGAGUUUCAGUCUCAGACCACAACCCCAAGCAGCGAAAGUGCGGACGAAAUCGAAGAUGUGGGCGGGGUGGCGGUUCCAGCCGGAAGAGCCACGGUCGACACCAGCCGACUUGGUCUUGGAAUCUCGCAAGCGUUGGCAGAGCUAUAG